AUGCAUCUCCGUACUGUAUGGCUUUCAGCGGGCGAGCCCAGAUGUCUGGUCACGUGUCAGUCACUUCCCUGUGCCGAGCCCCGGCCUUCAAAAGAGCGUUGCGCCAAGACAGGCGUUACCGCUUCGAGAUCUUUUCCACACUCAAACAUUUUCCGACUCGAAUUGCGGACUUUGACUGUUCGCACAACUCUCAAGGCUUCUUACUUGAUCACGGUCAAUACCCUUUCCUCAAUCAAAAUGCCACCCAAAGGAAAGAAACCUGCGCCUGCGCCUUUCCCUCAGGGAAAGGCCGGCUCGACCAAGAAGGCUGCAAAGAACCCCCUCCUCGAGAAGAGACCCCGAAACUUCGGCAUCGGUCAAGAUAUACAGCCCAAGCGCAACCUGUCGCGUAUGGUGAAAUGGCCAGAAUACGUCCGCCUCCAACGCCAGAAGAAGAUCCUGAACAUGCGCCUGAAGGUUCCUCCUGCGAUCGCCCAAUUCUCCAACACCCUCGAUAGAAACACCGCCGCCGAGACAUUCAAGCUGCUCAACAAGUACAGACCUGAGACGAAGGCGCAGAAGAAGGAGCGUCUGCACCAGGAAGCUACCGCUGUGGAGGAGGGCAAGAAGAAGGAGGAUGUUUCCAAGAAACCAUACACCGUGAAAUACGGUCUGAACCACGUGGUCGGAUUGAUCGAAUCGAAGAAGGCCUCCAUGGUCCUGAUCGCUCAUGAUGUCGACCCGAUCGAGCUGGUGGUUUUCCUGCCCGCUCUGUGCCGCAAGAUGGGUGUGCCUUACGCCAUUAUCAAGGGCAAAGCUCGUCUUGGUACGGUCGUGCACAAGAAGACUGCUGCUGUGCUGGCUUUGACAGAAGUCAAGAGCGAGGACAAAUCUGAGCUGAGCAAGCUUGUCAACACCAUCAGUGAGGGAUACACUAAGAAGUACGAGGAGCACCGACGACACUGGGGUGGCGGUAUCAUGGGUGCAAAGGCCGUUGCCAAGCAGGAGAAGAAGCGGAAGGCCAUUGAGAGUGCUAUCAAGAUCUAAAACAAUCUCUCCCUUUUCACGAUGAGAAUCAUCUCUGGUUGGGCCUGGGUGGAUGACCAAAACUUGGUGUGGAUGGUCGUCAAGAUGGCAGCAAAGCUGGCGUACUAGAAUUCUUGUUGCUGGGGGCUUAUCAUGCCCGGCAAAAGGUUGACUGCAUCAAAGCUAUGUCAGCGAGACGUACAAGCUCUUCGGCCGCAACAAGGAGUGAGUGGCCAGCAUACUGAGCACAUUCGGCUCCAAAGGGGUAGCAUGCAAGGCCAGUGAGGGGCAUGAAAGCCGCUCCGUCGCGCAAAACGAACGGAAAUGAUACCAAACACUGCAACUAGCCC